AGUUUAAGGACAUUGAACUGUUGAAGACCUAAAGGAACAUUCUAGAUCAUACCCUUUUGUUGAGACCUUCUAUACCUGAAAAACCAUGGUCGCUUUGGAGGUUCACAAGAGUUGUCCAAGUAACUUUAGUUGUUCUUUGCUGACCAAAACAGUAACAGCUGUUCGUUCCUGUUCUUUUGAUAGAGAUUCACACCAUUAAACAAAAAAAUUCUUUUUUAUACUUUUUUCAUCAAAUAUUCAAUGUCAAAAUAUUAAAAUUUUCCCUCAUUUUUGAACAUUUUAUUUUUAAAUAGCCUUCUGCACAAGACAUUAUAAGGUUAUAGUUCUGCAGGUUUCAUCUAUCUUUUGUGAAUGUUAACUGGAGGUCUGAAAAUGAUUGUAUAUGACAUUAUUUCGAAGAGAAAAAAUUGUUCAUUUUAAUGACAUAAAGUCCUAAAUAGAAUGUUAUUUUAGUUGUUAUUUUUGAAAGUGUUCUCUCUGAAUUGUGUCAACCAUGUUAAGUGAAGAAUCUGAAUUUUCUUCUUUGAAGACUGUGUCUUCUUUUGAUAAAGGAGAUGAUUCUACAUUAGCUGUUAGGGUAGAUUCGGACGAGCUACAGAAAUUUUCGCCUUCUAGUCUACUUGUCGAAUCGUUAAUUGAGCAGCUAUGUAAGUUAGUGGAGAAGAACCCAAAAAAACGCAGGAAACUGUAUUUAGAUGUAUGCGAAAAACUGCACCAAAUGAAUUUAAUUGACGAAAAUUAUGAGAAAGAAGAAUUUGCAUUUAUGCGCAGUUACUACCAAAAAGCUUUAUAUCACUUUCUCACUACUGCGAAAACUACCUCAGUUGAUACUAAAGCUGCCAUUCUUUCUGCUGUGCCAGAUAAAUUAAACAUUCCUGCAAAAGGUGUAAUUGAAUGGUCGAGAUAUUCGACAGAAUUUGAAGAAUUAGAUUACAUUGCAAAAGGUGGUUUUGGACACGUCUACAAAGUACAGCAUAAAUUAGACGGAGGUUUCUAUGCUGUGAAGAAAAUUUUUCUCAGGUACUAUAAUGUCCCUGAUUUUCUUCAAAACUUAAAAGAAGUAAAAAUGUUGGCAAAAUUCAAUCAUCCGAAUAUCGUAGCUUACAAAGCAGCCUGGUUAGAACCUUUUAAGAAGAAGAAAAAACUAAUCCCUGCCAUCGAAAUGAGUAUGUCUAGUGAGGAAAGCAUGAAAGAAGACUCUCUUGAAGUUGUGUUUGAAAGCUCGGUUAGCAGUAAAAUAGAAGAAAUCGGCGAUGAAGUUUGUAAAUUUUCUAGUAAUGUAGACCUCAUGUACAGGUGUAAAUAUGAUUACGAAGAUAAAAACGCUGUCACGGAGUGGGCCGUUCUUUAUAUUCAGAUGCAGUUGUGCCAACAGACUCUGAGGCAGUGGUUGGAUAUAAGAAACGUUGACUCUCCUGAAAUAGAUAUCAACCAGUGCGUUGAGAUAUUUCGACAAAUUGUUAAAGGUGUCGAGUACAUACAUUCACAAGGAAUUGUACACCAUGAUUUAAAGCCGAGCAAUGUGUUCGUGAGCCAUGACUUGAAACAGAUACAGGUCGGAGACUUUGGGCUGGCAUGUAACCUUAUAACUCAUCAUCAGCCUAAUAUAUCCGUUGUUGAAACUCAUCAGCCCGGUCAGUUAGGAACCAAGUUGUACGCAGCUCCAGAGCAAUUGAACGGCUACUGUCAUCCUAAGAGCGAUGUUUAUAGUUUAGGUAUAAUUUUCUUCGAACUUCUUCAGCCUUUCUCUACUGCGAUGGAAAGAAGUAAAGUAAUUGGUCAAUUGAAAUCAGGAAAUAUACCAUCAGAUUUGGUUUCAUCUUUCCCCAUUCAGGCAAACAUCAUAAGUCAGGCGAUCAGCAAAAGUAUCAAAAGGCGACCUUCAUCCAGUGAACUUCUUGCAGUACUCGAUGAAUCUCAGAUUUCGGACACCCAACGUGUCCUGGCUGAGCAGACCGAGACCAUAAUGAAGCUGAAAAGGGAAUCAAUAGCAAAGGAUGAAGAAAUCGCUUCUCUCCGUGCCCAAUUAAAAGAGCUUGCAUUACAAAGAACAGCGGUUUAAAAAUGCCAUGUAUUGGAAACCUAUACAUGUUUUUAAAAAAUCUAUUUCUUGUCUUUGUAAUUGAAAAGUUUGACUUUUUCUAUAAUGAAACAAGCCAUAGAGACUGAAAUAUUGUGAAUUUUGUAGUGUUUAAUUAAAAAAUAAAAAGACAAAAUAUAAAUAAAUAUAUUUAUUU